CAAGAGCAGGAUUCUUGUGAAACACAAACGAAGGACGAAUUGUGGGUCCCCGGAAGUGCGAAUAUCAUCAAUUUUCGUCCCUUAUCACAUCGCCAUGGAGUCAAACAACAAUGAAAAUCCGCUACCCACAACGAUUGACCAUUCAGGGUUACACCUCGCGAAGAACAGUAUAAAACUACCCACGGAAGGAGAUCCAGACGGUAUUCAAGCCACCAGCAACGUACAUUACAAUCAGCAAGUAAAAUAUGCGCCAUCUGCACCGUAUCAGAAUAACAGUUUCACUGGCGCACAGCCUGGCUGCACCCGUAAGGUACGAUUCUUCUCUCCACACAUGCGAAUGCGCCCUUACUAUGUUCCGCACAGGACGCGCACCAAAAGUGAAAGUUCCGAUACGACGACCUUUGGAUCACAGCCAACGCUAGCAGCGGAAGGUGGUUCAGGCACCUACGCGAACCCCUCAUCAUCGUUGACACUGAUGGAAACCGGUGAGCCAGCGGUCGUACCGUUAGAUAUUCCAAUGUGUGGCGUUGCGGUAUCGUCGACGGCAGCCAUGAAUCUUGCGCGCUGCAAGUACCCGGUAGUGAUGCUGAAGAAGUACCGUUCGCUCGAGGAUGUCCGGGUCGACAAGUCAGUCGAAGGUUCGCAACCAUCGCACGAGAUGGAGUUCGUGUCUAGUCGCAUCCAGAAGCUGAAAGUACAUGAAUAGAACCCGUCGGCUACGUUAGUUAGUUAAGAUACGUUGUUAAGGUUACGUUACCAACGAACGGACGCGGUUUGGUACCGCGCAAGGAAGAAAGUCAGUUUUCCAAAGCAAUAGUCUGUAAUAUAAUAAUUCCCGUACUAACAAUCUGCCAUGGCACUAACCUGUUUCCAACUCAAAGUUGGAACGCAAACAGUUUGGCACAGGCGUAGCUCUAAUAAGGCUGAUUUUAUCGGGAGUAUUUCCUAGAACGUAGGAAAAGACAUUUUUAAUCAUGUGUUCUGUAAACGAGUUUUCUUCAAUAAUGGUCGCUAGGUAUUAUCUGUAAUCCCUGUAAUAGUUAAUAUCCGGUACCACUUAAUAUAGUAUUUUUUAUUUGUUUGAUUUCCUAUGU